AUGAGAGAUGAAAUUGAAAAUGUACAAUCAUCUUUGGAGAAAAUUUUAAAAGAUACACGACAAAUGAUACGUUCAAGAUAUACUUUACCGAUGAGAAAUUCACAAUCAUAUGGACCACGAAUGAAUCCUCAAUCAUAUAUUAAUCAACAAAUGACUAAUGAUUAUACUCAAUCAUUUUAUCGUUCUCAAGCAUUUCCAGAAAAUCCAUACAUGCCUCCAUCAAAUGGAACUAUACCUAAUUAUCCACAUUUAAUCCCAUCAUAUGGAUUUCAAUCAACAUAUCCAACUGGAAAUACUAGUCUUUCAUUAGGAUCAACUGUUUAUCAACAACAAUUUUUCCAAUCUUACUCAAUACUAGCAAAUUAUCCAGGACCACAAGGAUUACCACAAUUAUCACCAUAUGCAAUUCCUAAUUUACAACAACUAACACAACCAACUCAACAAUUACAAACUCAUCAGUCAACUGUACCAAUAUCUCAGCUUGCAAUACCACAAGCAAACCCAUAUGCACAACCAGUAUUUCCAGAAAAACGAAAAAAAACUCCAUUAACUAUUGUUGAUCCAGUAUCACAUAAAAAAGUUGAAGGUUCUACUAAACAAUCGACAUACACGUCAACGACAACAGCAAUAGCAUCAGAAUUAUCUCCACACGUACCACCUGAAACAUGUUCAACAGAAUCGACAACUACAGAUUCAAUUAUAUUAAAUUCAAAAUUGACAAUUGAUAAAAGUAAAACACAAUCUCAAGUUGAUUUUCGACGACAAAUUGCCGAUUCUUCCAAUGUUCAAACAGAUAAUUUUUAUGGUGAUUCAAUACAUGAAGAAAUUAAUUCAAAUCAAUCAGAAUCUGAAUCUAUAUUAUUAGACUGUGUUACAAAACCAACAACAACGAUAAUAAAUCAUGAUAAAUCUCAAGCAACACCAAAACAACGUUUACGAUACGAUCGUCAUGAAGUUUUCCGUAUUCGUGAUAGUUCAGGACCAUUUGCAAUUCCACUUAAUCUUCCUGAUCUUAAUAUUGUUCUUAGUCGACGUGAUAAUAAUAAUCCACAUUAUUCCUAUAGAAAUCAGAGAUCCAAUACUCGCCCAGUUUUCCUGCCUCGCCUCGCGCAUUCUUCGUACUGA